CGGCGAUCGCGAAUGGAUCGAAAGUUGCAAAAGAAAAUUCUCGCGCGAAAAAACUAAAAGAAUUUUCUCAAAGAAAAUAAAAAUUUUUCCAUCUUCUCUCAAGUUUUUUUUUGUAAUCCUCCCAAUCUCAAACUUCUGUGCUUGUGGGGAAAAUUGCUUUAGUUGACACAGUGUUUGUUGAACGUGAGAAAGAAAAGAGUCAAUUGUUCUUAUCUUAAUUGGGGUGUCUGGAGCAAAGGAAAAUUAAAAAAAAAUAAAAUAAGAGCAGCUUAACAGUUGACAAUGACGGGGCACGAUAAUCCAACAUUCCUCGAUGAUAAUGUUUCGGUGCCAGGAGACUACAGACCCACCUACUUCCCACAGAGACCUACAAAAUUCGAUCCUGACACCCAACAGCAGACGUGCAAUGAUGCCGCCCCACCGCCCAAUACCCUCCCACCGGAUAAACCGAGUGAUAUUCCACCACGUGAGACGUGGGGGAAGGGCGUUGAGUUCCUCAUGUCGUGCAUUGCAAUGUCCGUUGGUCUUGGCAAUGUGUGGCGCUUCCCAUUCACAGCCCUCAACAAUGGCGGCGGGGCCUUCCUUAUACCCUACUUGAUAGUCCUCCUGCUCGUUGGACGACCCAUCUACUACAUGGAAAUGGCCAUUGGGCAGUUUUCAAGUCGUGGCAGUGUCAAAGUUUAUGAUUUUGCACCAGCUAUGAGAGGAGUCGGGUAUGGCCAGAUCAUUGCAACUUUCUGGGUAAUGACCUACUAUUCGUCCGUCAUGGCGAUCACAGUCAGAUACUUAUCUGAGUCCUUCAGUUCAACCCUUCCUUGGACAUGGUGCCGAGACACGUGGUCCAAUUCCACGUGCGUUGAUUCCCUUCUCAAGAACACCUCACACACACUCACAACAGUCUCAGCAGCGAGAUCUUCCUCAGAUCUCUUCUAUCACAAUGAAGUCUUGAAGGAAAAACCCCAAAUAGACGAUGGAAUCGGACUUCCGGAUCCGUAUUUGACAAUGUGCUUAGCAAUCUCAUGGCUAGUUGUAAUGCUAGUUCUCAUUAAGGGUGUCAAGAGUGCUGGGAAGGCUUCGUACUUCCUUGCUCUCUUCCCAUACGUUGUACUUGGAAUACUGCUGAUCCGAUCGUCAACGCUACCCGGAGCAAUGGACGGGAUUAUUUACUUCAUUAAACCGCAGUGGAACCAGCUGCUAAAUCCGCAGGUAUGGUAUGCUGCUGUAACGCAAGUCUUCUUCUCCCUCUCCGUCUGCUUUGGGAAUGUCAUCAUGUACGCUUCCUUCAAUAAGUUUGAUCACAACAUCUACCGAGAUGCCAAUAUUGUUACCACACUGGAUACAUUUACAUCCCUCAUAGCAGGCCUGACGAUAUUUGGGAUCCUUGGACAUCUGGCGCAUGAGAUCGGGACGGAUGAUGUGUCAACGGUUGUUGUAUCUGGAGCUGGAUUGGCCUUCAUCUCGUACCCGGAUGCAAUUGCAAAGUUCGAUUUCCUGCCACAGAUGUUCUCCGUGCUGUUCUUCUUCAUGCUCUUCGUCUUGGGCAUUGGAAGCAACGUGGCUAUGGCAUCGAAUAUUUGCACCGUGAUACGUGAUGCCUUCCCGAAGGUGAAGAACUGGCAGGUUUCCGCUGGGGUGUCCCUUAUUGGACUUGCUCUUGGAUCCGUCUACGUUACCCCUGGGGGGCAGUUUAUCUUGGAACUUGUUGACUACUUCGGUGCUUCCAACAUUGUCUACGUUCUGGCCAUUGGAGAACUCAUUGCACUGCACUACAUCUACGGGCUAGGACGCUUCUGUCGAGACAUUGAAUUUAUGAUUGGAAAACGUCCUGGAAUCUACUGGAGGCUAACAUGGGGCUUCAUUACACCCGUCCUGCUGCUCAUCAUCUUCAUCUACACCCUGGCUAUCUACUCACCGCUCACCUACCGUGGUCAGAGCUAUCCAAGUGCUGCAUAUGCUGCUGGAUGGACAUUGGCUGCCUUUGGGGUGUUGCAACUUCCUAUUUGGGCUGCUGUGGCGGUUAUUAGGGAAGAUGGGAAGACGUGGAGGGAGAAAUUCGUAAGAGCUUUCAAACCACGCUCCAAUUGGGGCCCCGUUGUACCCGCCAUUGCUGAAAAGUACCACAAAUUUCGCGCAACGGAAGACAGCAAGGAACUCUUUGCUAAUGAUGGGUUUUUCAACAAGAUCAAGAGGACGCUGUUUGGGUGAUUCCACACAGAGAAGCUCCUUCUGCCCAACGUUCAACGACAAAAGUAUUUAUAAAUAAAUAAAAUUGUACCAUUUUUACCGUAGAAACUUUUAUUUCUAAGAAAUAAACAUAAACAUCUCGUGAU